GCUGUUUCAAGAUUGGAUACUUUUUAGAUUGGUAUCACGAUAUUGGUAAAAGUAAAACCUCCAUUGUUAGCUUUAGAUUUUAGCCGUAAAAGUAAUUUUGAGCCUUAUGUCCCAAUCAAUUGGGGUCGGCUGGUUUGGUUUGGUUUAGAUCCAAAAAAAGAGAAAUAUUGAAUGCAUGCAUGUGCGUUAAUGUUUUCUUGGUUUUAUCUACUUUUAGCUUCGUUAGUGCUCCUUCUGAAUUUGAUUGUUUGUUUCCUAUCUAUUAUAUGAAUUGACUUGGUACAAAAAUAUUAAUUCUAAAAAAAUUAUACAAGCUAGAUGCCAUUAUACAAUGGUCGAGGUAGAUGGACGAGUAGUUUUCAACCUGGAAGAUGAAGCCCAUGUAAAGGUAUUUGAUCUAUUGGAAAUAAUAGACUUACAGCUUUGAGCGUUUAGACCCAGCAAUUUCCUUCCUCUUGCUCUGCAACAUAACAGAUUUAUUACAUGGACAACGCAUGCAGAUAAAAAAUAUUCCACGCUCAGUUUUACUAUCAACGAUGCUGUUUGUUUUCCACACUAUACAUAUAUACGUGGGUAUUUCUUCAAAAAACAUUCAAUAACCUUAGAAUGUGGAAUGAAAUCAUCAAUCUUAAUAUCCAUGAUUGUUAAACUUUUAAGUUAUCAUGUGGCUAUCGAAGAGAGAGCUAAUUUGUUUUCUAGAUUCAUGAAUACGCCUAGCGAAAAUCAUAUUGGCGCUGCAAAAAAGUUAUGACUUAAUUUAAAGGAACAACCCGCUAUGGGACUAAGUUUUUCAGGGACUUGAAGGUCAAAUUAAUUGCGUGACUUGACAGUGAUAGCGGUGGCUACUUUGAUGAUUCAAAAAUCACCUUCGGAUACUCAAUUUCUCUUGGUUCUAGAGUACUAAUGUUUUGUCCGUUCAGUGCAUAAGCUAGAUGCCAUUACACAAUGACCGAGGUCGAUGGACAAGAAGUUUUCAACCUGGAAGAUGAAGCCCAUGUUAAGUUACAAAAGGAACAAAGACCUCACAAGAUUAGCUUUUAUGUGGAGAAAGUUUAUGCCUUGAAACCAAGGAAGGCUGCAUUAGAAAAUCUGCAACAGCGUGGGCAAACUCAUCAAAGCGGGAACGCAGAGUGGGAAUUAAGAGCGUGGGCAAAUAGUCCUAUCGUGAAUUAUGUUAUAAUCCCAAGUUUUUACUUUGUAAUUUUGAUUGUGAAUUUGUGAAUUGCAUAACAUUUGGUCAAAAUGGGUAGUUGAGUAAAAGUAGGGAAACCUUGAUGUUUCAGCAUUGGAUAUAUUAGGAAAAUAGAUUUAGAAUAAGAAAGUACACAAUUUAAACUUUGAAUGUAUUAGCGGAACCUUAGAAGACAUAGCAUAUACAAACAUACAAUUUUAGCUAUGCAGUAAAUCUAGGGCUUGUCAUUGAGCAGAAUGUCUAAACUUACUGUCAUCAAGCAAUUCAUAAUAGAUUGUUUCAUCAAUCUUUCAAAACAACUGCAGCUUGAUUAACUGACCAUGUGCGGAACAAUUGAUUAAUUU